CUCGGUAUUUCCGUGUUGCGGAGCUGUCAGCAGUGUGUGCGGUGCGGCGGAUCACCGACACGGUGUGUCUGAAGACUGACUGGCUUACUGGUUUGACGAUCGGUGACCUGAUAAGUCCCUGAUUGGUCCAUGAUUGGCUCGACACACACUCUCAUGAAAAGAGCCAAAGAAGAAGCACAGAAGAUGAAGAACAAAGUCAGCAGCACUCAAGUGAGUGUAAGGAGACGCUCCUGGUCCUGGCAGAACUACCUGAACUUGCAGAGAGCUGAAGCUGCUCCUCUGUCACUGUUUACACAGUCCCAGUGUGUUCCCAGUAGGAGAACUGGUUUUAAAGUUGGGAUGAAGCUGGAGGGCGUCGACCCGCUGCAUCCCUCCAUGUUCUGUGUGCUGACUGUCGCCGAGGUGAUUGGCUGCCGGCUCCGUCUCCAUAUCGACGGUUAUUCAGAGUGCUAUGACUUCUGGGUAAACGGUGACUCAGCGGACAUCCGACCGACAGGCUGGUGUCACGACAACAACCACAAGCUCCAUCCACCCAAAGGUCACAGUGAGACAGAUUUUGAUUGGCAGCUUUAUCUUCAGUCCACCAGCUCUCAGGCUGCUCCCCCGACGCUGUUCACCUGUCGCACUGCCGACUGUGGGUUCAGUGUUGGGAUGAAACUGGAGGCCGUCGACAGGAAGAAUCCCGGACUCGUCUGUGUCGCCUCCGUCGCUGAUGUCAUCGAUGACCGCUUCCUGGUCCACUUCGACAACUGGGAUGACACCUACGACUACUGGUGUGACAGCAGCAGUCCGUACAUCCAUCCUGUGGGCUGGUGUGAAGAACAGGGACGACCUCUGACUGCUCCACAGGGUCAUCCUAACCCAGAGAACUUCCUCUGGGAUGAGUACCUGCAGGAGACUGGUUCCACUGCUGCUCCCAGUUCAGCAUUUAACCUGAGAGCUCCACAUGGUUUCCAAGUCAACCAGAGGCUGGAGGCAGUCGACAGGAGAAACCCCAUGUUGAUCCGCGUCGCCACGGUAACAGACACAGAAGACUACAGGGUGAAGGUGCAUUAUGACGGCUGGUCGCAGCAGUUUGAUGUCUGGUGUGACGCCGACCUCUGUGACCUUCAUCCUGUUGGUUGGUGUCAGCGUACAGGACACCCGCUGGAACCCCCCCCAGGUCAGACAGACAGGUCGCAGAGAGAGACAGAUUCCCCCCCCCUCUCCUCCCCCUCUCAGGGUGUUUGUCCCACCGCCGGCUGCAGAGGAGUCGGACACAUCAAGGGAGCCAAAUACACUGGACACCACAGUGCCUUUGGCUGUCCAUACUCGGACAUUAACAUGCGUAAAGAGGUGGUGCUUCCUGAUAGGCUGGGAGGAGAGAGAGUCAUCACCCUUGUACCCGUCACCUUGCAUCACCAUGGCAACCAGUCAGACAGGAGAGGCGUUCAGGUGAAGACGGAGUCCAGAGGUGAGACUCUGCUGCUGCCUCUGGGGAAGAGAAGAAGACUGACGGACAGACUGUCCCAGCCAACCAAAUUCCUCCGUGUGAAACAGGAAGAGGAGGGGCUUAACCUCCGGGCCCUUGGCCCAGAGUCCAGCCUGCAGGCUGUCCUCCACCAGUCUGUCUUCCUGUCGGCCAUGUCAGCACAGCCGGGCCGUGACCUGUCGCUCUGCCUGGAGCAACACCGCAAACUGCUGCCAGGGGUCGCCGGAGUUCACGCUGACACCGUCCAGCACUGGAGCGUCCAGCAGGUAUCAGAGUUCGUCGAGUCUCUUCCUGGCUGUGAGGAACAGGCCAAACAGUUCAAAGACGAGCAAAUCGAUGGGAGGGCCUUCCUCCUGCUCACCCAACGGGACAUCGUCAGGAUCAUGUCAAUCAAACUUGGCCCUGCCCUCAAGAUUUACAACUCCAUCCUGAUGUUCAAACACACCGAAGACAGGAGCCAAUCACACACAGCGGAUGGGAGCCAAUCACAUGUUCAAGACAGGAGCCAAUCACAUGUUCAAGACAGGAGCCAAUCACAUGCCGGGGAUGGGAGCCAAUCACACGCUGAUGACAGGAGCCAAUCACACGCUCAGGACAGGAGCCAGUCACACGCCGAUGACAGGAGCCAAUCACACGCUCAGGACAGGAGCCAAUCACACAUUCAGGACAGGAGCCAAUCACAGGCUGAGGACAUCCACAUCUGACACCUGCACUCAGGAUUUGGCUAAUCCAGAACCACCUGAUUAUAAGCCCCUCCCCCUCAUAUAUGUGGGAGGGAUUGAAUUUUCCAUCCACUCAUCAGUCAAACUUAGAUUUGUGAUGUCACAACAGUAAUCUCAGGUGUUUCCUUCAAAUCUUUCCUCAAAUCUAUUUUUUCUGCAAGUCAGUUUAAAAUAUGAAAUGAAACAUUGUGUUCACCAAAGAAAAACUAACUUCCGACUCCUGCAUCUUAUAAUUACACAAAAAGAUCUCGUCAUUUUAUAACUAAUAAAAGUUCUCAGAAGUAUGGAAACAUUUCUUAUGACUGUGAGGAAGGUCCUGAAAUAAAUCUCAAAAUUGUAAAAAGAAUGUUACAAUUGUGAGAAAAAAUCUCAUGUUUGGCGUAAAAAGUAGUCACAAGAUUUUAUAAUGACAACGAAAAGCCUAGAAGUCUAAAAGACUCAUGUUAACAGAAAUGAUAAUGAAAAGAUCCCAUAACUGCGAUAAAAAGCCUCUUGAUUACGAAAAAAAACUUUUAUGAUUACAAGAAAGUUUCACAAUUAUUUGAAAAGAUCUCAACUGUGAUAAAGUCUCAUGAUACAGGAAAAGGUUCAUGAGUACAAAAAAGUUUG